AUGCAACAGCAGCACCGCACAGAGAAUGAACGAGAAGUGGCUGGAGCAGGACCAGCACUGCUGCGUGUUGCUGACUCAGGAGCCAAGAACGGACAAGCCGGAGCCAAGCAGGACCAUCCAAGCAACGUGGGCAGCAAGGCGGGACAAGGGGAGGGGUUUGCGAGGGGUAAGGGGCAGACAGAUUCCGGCAGAGGAACGGGACAGUGCAGAGUGCAGAGUGAGAGCGGAGUGGCUUGA